UCAUAUAUCUUUACUAGUCUGUGCAAAAUGGCUGUGAAACUGGCUUGGUCUGCUUCUGCCUGAUUCCUGUAAGAAAUGUCCCCAGAAAAAUUAUAUUUGUGAAAUUGGGUUCAGUGGUGCUACAGUCUAAGUGGAGUAGGUGCUGUUUGGAGACCAUAAUAGUACCUGAUGCUGAUACAUACUAAUGUUUUGAAGGGUGCCAGCUGCCAUUUUCGUGAAAGUUUUAGCAUAUGCAUGCAGUUGAUGUAUUCUGAAAUACACAGAGAAGGCAGAUCAUAACAUCAAUCAUUGUACUUCUUCAAUUUGAUGCCACGUUGUCAUCUUGGAAGUCGAUAUGCUAGUGCCUUUUAACUUCAUAACUGAAAAUUUGCAUACCCAGAAAAAGGGUCCACAUCAGUUCUAAUUAAAAAGACCAAGGUGAGUUGUCAGAUUAGUUGCUGGUUGUUUAUAUGGUUCUUCAAGUUUUUGGUGGUUUUUAUGGUUGAUUUAUGUUGGAAAAUUUGACUAGAAAUGGUUUAGUAAUUACUGAAGAAUCCUUUACUGACUUUAAGGCUUCUGUACAAACUAUUUGCUGCCAGAUAUUUUGCACUUAGAACAUAGCAUUUCUGCAUGAAUGAGCAGAGGGAAAGGUUGCUCUAGCUGGGAAUAGGAGGAGGUGAAUUCAGACUCUUAGCUGUUCAGGGAGCAAUGCUUGAAUGUGAACAUCAGCGAUAUAUAGAACAAUGCAGAACAAUAUUGAAGAGCAGCAAAGAAGUCCUUGAUGAAAAAUAUCACAACUGCAACUUCAGUAAAGAGAAUAGACUACAUUGCCAGUGCUGUCUAGGUGACUAUGGGAAUGAACAUUCAUGUGUCAGGCUCCUUUUGGGUUGGAGUAGGAAACAUUUGCAAUAUCUCGCAGUUUCUCAUCCAAUAUUGCAAAAGGGAGUCCUUCGAGGCUCCCUAAUCAGAUACCAGCAGAUGGAGGGAGCACAUGGGUUUGCAGGCUUCCUUAUGGUGCAGGUUGUCAUUCACUGCAUGCACAUAGCUUCAUGGAUGCCAUGUCGCAACCCUGCCUUUACUAGAAUGAAAGAGAUUCAAUUACCUCAACAUACAUGAUGAAAAACUAAUUGUUGGCAUGCUGGCAAAAAUGAUAAUGGCUUCAUUCUGCAGCAGUCCAUUGUAUCAUCUGUGUUUCAGCCAUCUGAGCAUACCAAUGGUUGUCUACAGGGCACAAGGGCUAUCCACUCGUGAAAUGGUUCAGGAUUAAUGCAUAAAUAUGAAAACCUCAUGAAAUAUGAUAGAACAGGCAUGUUGAAACAACACAUUUACUUCCUGGACUGCUCUGGAGUUGUUCUGCUGUAGUUGUUAACACCUUUCUGCCCAGGUGUAUGUGAAGAACUAAUUCAAGUUAGAUAUCAGCAAUUGCAGCCCAACUUAUCUUCCCUCUAUAGUCUUCCAUGCUGAAGUAUUUCAAGUACUCAUCUAAAUAUUUCUCAAAUGUUGUGAGAGCACCUGUUUCCACCAUCUACACCAGUAGUGAGUUCCAGGCUUCAACCACCCACUGGGUAAACAAAAACAUGUGAGUCUAUGUGUUAUCUGGGUUCACUCAGCUGAUCAUUGGUUAACUAUGUUGGUGUUAAUAUGGCAAUCACAUCAUUCUUACAGUGUGACAUCCAGAACUGCACACUGCACUCCAGCUGUGGCCUGAACAAUGUGUUAAAAUGUUGUAAAAUAACCCUUCUGCUCUUAUAUUCUAUGUACUGGCUAAUGAAGGAAGCACAGGAAGCAUCCUGUAUGCCUUCUUACCAUCUUGUGCUGCUACCUUCAGGGACCCUUGGACAUGUACAUCAAGGUCUCUCUGUUCCUUAGUAUUUUCUAGGGUCUUACCAUACAUUGUGUAUAACCUAGUUAUUGGUCUUACCAAAAUAUAACACCUCAUACAUUUUAGGAUUAAAUUCCAUCUGCCAUUUCUCUGCCCGUCUUUCCUAUGAUAAAUAACCAUCAGUAGCCGAAGACUACUCUCCUCAAUAUCUACAAACCACCAUUCUUCAUGUCAUUUGUGAACUUACUAAUAUACCUCCUACAUUCAUGUCCAGAUCAUGUAUGCAUAUAUCAAACAGCAAGCGUCUCAGCACCUCGUCUUACGUUGGCUGGCAUUUUGGUUGUCCCAAAAUUUUCGGGGCGUGUGACAUUUACCCCAGAACCAUUCAGACUUGCUCAGAGAAUCAGGUCGCCAGGUAUGUCCGUGUCAGCGUCCCGGGGGUAAGACACAGCUGUCUCAGUGUGUCGGUUCCACGCAAGCCACUAGAGGAAUAGAAGAGCUGUUGCACGUAUAAAUAUUGCACCCAUCUCCAGAGCCCGAUGAGGGGCCCCAUCUGCCUCCAAAGCUGGAAUAGCCACUGACAUGCGCGUGUCUAUCGUCAGCGUGUCAGCGGCAGGUAAUGGGAAACACAGUCUCCCCCCCCAGGGGUUGAGGAAUGCAUGUUGCCAUUCAGAGAUAUUUCACGUGUGGGACACGUGAGGGGAGCCGGCCGUCCCCUCCCCUCCCUUAAAGUUGCCUCCUUCGGCCGUGUACAGGUAGCUCGUCAGCUGACCGACCGACAGCGAACGAACGAGGGGCGAGUGCCCCGGGUGUAGGUGUCUGUGCCGCCCCUGGAUCCCGGUGGAUUGUGGGCUCGAGGAAAUCCCUUCAGUGAGGGGGGGAGGAAAAGUGAGGGGAAGGUGCAGAAGUUGGAGACAGGCUUGACCCCUGAGGAACAUAUUGCUGGCUUCUCUACCUAAUGCUGGCCUAAGAAACUUCUUGCCUGAGCCUUAAUCAUCUGGUUUUGCAAUACUCUUGAAGAGUGACAAGUCAAGUCGCCAGGUUCACUUUCCACCUCACAAAAUAAGUUUAUUGCACCCGAAAAAUGCAAGCUACUUGAGGAUCUGCUAGCUGUGAGAAAACUUCAAACCAAAUCACCAGAUAAGCUUUAUGUGCCAAAUGGGAUUCUUGAAAGAAAUUUGUUAAUGUUCUGGAGACGAUGAACAAGCCAUGGGAAGAACUGGUUUUUAACCUGGGAAGGGAAGUGAAAUUCAUCUUGAAGAUGCUGCUGCCAGUUAGUACUCGUUUUUAGUGCAUCUCAACUUUGUUACUGAAAUGAAGGAGGUGGUGGAAUGGUCAUCCAAAGAUGUGCUAGACUGGCUGACGGAGCAUGGCAUGCAAGAGUAUACUGAUGCAUUUCAGAAUAAGCUUGAUGGCCCGGGCUUAUUAAAACUGUCUCGGGAGGAUUUCCAUAGACCACCUUUGUCACUUGUUGCAUCAGACAAUGGCCAGCAACUGCUGGAGAAAAUAGAAACACUAAAGAUGGAGCAUCACAUAGAAGUGCACAAGAAUGGUCAUGCCAACGGUCAUCUUAACAUGAGUUCUCUGAAUGCCGACAGCGAGAAUGACAUCCAUAAUAAAACCAAAAGGACUGGGUUGGCAAAUGGUUACCGAAAAGAAAUGGUUCAAAUAUCGAUGCCAGAACAGGAGUGGCUUCCAUCCUCUCUAGAAUGGUGGAAGACUGGUGUGGCUUUCCUUUAUGCACUUUCCUGUUUUCUACUUACAACGGUGAUGAUCUCAGUUGUCCAUGAACGUGUGCCUCCCAAGGAGGAACAGCCACCUCUACCAGACAAAUUUUUUGACUAUUUUAACAGGGUGGAGUGGGCCUUCUCCAUCUGUGAGAUUAAUGGCAUGAUACUUGUAGGAUUAUGGUUAGUUCAGUGGGUCCUGAUGGAAUACAAAUCCAUUGUGGGCAGGAGAUUCUUCUUCAUAGUUGGCACCCUUUACCUGUACAGAUGUAUUACAAUGUAUGUGACAACACUCCCAGUGCCUGGCAUGCACUUCAGCUGCUCUCCAAAGCUGUUUGGAGAUGUGGAAGCACAGUUUAGGAGAAUUAUGAAGAUGAUAGCUGGAGGUGGGCUGUCAAUCACAGGAGCACACACCAUGUGUGGAGACUACCUGUACAGUGGGCACACUGUUAUGUUAACACUCACCUACUUAUUUAUCAAAGAAUAUUCUCCAAAAGAUUGGUGGUGGUAUCACUGGUCCUGCUGGGUUCUCAGUAUUGUUGGGGUUUUCUGCAUUCUUCUGGCACAUGACCACUACACUGUGGAUGUAGUGGUGGCAUAUUAUAUCACUACACGUCUUUUUUGGUGGUACCAUACCAUGGCCAACCAGCAAGUAUUAAAAGAAGCCUCCAAGACUAAUUUUCUAUCCCAAGUGUGGUGGUAUAAAUUCUUUCGUUUUUUGGAAAGCAACGUUCAAGGCAUUGUACCUCUUGCAUACCAUUUGCCAUUUUCCUGGCCAUCCAUAUCACAGUUCUUUGGGAAAAAAAUUAAAUACAGCAGAUUAGUGACUGAUACAUAACACUUGGUAACUUACAGGACUGUGCAAAGUGCUGAAAAAUCCCUUUGAGCUGAUGCCAUUUUGAACUUUCUGCUAAUUCAUGUAUUGCAACAUUCAUUUUUACUAAAGUGUUCCAAUUAACUGGUCAGCACUGUGAUCUUUCCAAAGGACUAUAGAACAAAAGCAGUUGACAUGCACUGUAUAAUCUUCCUUUGUUAAUUGUCUGUUUGUCUUUGAUACUUGCCAUAAACACAAAAUCACGUUCAAGAUCACGUUCAAUUGUGUUUGAUAUUAACUGCAUCAGUAGCAAUUGUCCUGUCUGCUUGUUUUAUUUAGCCUGUUUGCAAAGGUGUCUGGGAUAAAUUGUAUUUUUUCAAUCAAAUUUAUCUUCAAUAAUUCAUGCCCCAAAGACUGGGCUUAAAGCCAUUCUCUUAAAUCUUUAGCUAUAUAAACAAAAUAGUUGGUGAGUGCAAGGAUUGGGUUCUCUAUGUAUUUUAGAACCAAUGUGGCAAAAGUAACUUUUAAGUGCAAAAACAUUUUAUAAAAAUCAUUCUUGUUAUUUAUGUUAAAUGAAUGUGGCAGUGCAAAAAAACAAAUCAAAUCUUCACAGGAAUUUUCAAGUACUAAGAUGAAGUCUGCAUAAAACACUCGUAGCAAGAAUGAAAUCAGCACCGGGUGGAAGUUUUGACUGAGUUUUCUAGUGCCUUUUCUUGUCCUGAUUAUAUGGUCAGUAGGUGGUCUCAGAUAUAGUAUAUGAAAAUUCAAAAUCCUAUAUGUAUGUUACCUUGAGUAUUGAGUUAAUAAUUAACUGUUGCAGAAUUGCAAAAUGUAAGCUCAACAGUGAGCAUUCAAUUUUGUAGUGAUUGUUUCUGCACUCCAUAUCUUGAAUACUUUGAGAUAUUGGGUGCAAAAUAAAAGAUGGUAAUAUUCAAUUCACUAACUGUGGGCAUGUCCUGUUAGCUAUAUUACUGUACAAGUAAAUUAUUUUAUUAUAUAAAUGGGAAGUAUGACACAGCAAAUCUAACUGUUGGUUUUUGACUUCCUUUUUACAGAUUUUGCAUUUUUCUUAAAUAUCAAGUCAUAACAUGAAGGUGAAAUGAAUUUGUGUGCAGAGGUUAAUGUACUAGCAAAGUAUCCAUGCUCCUCUGACUUGUUGGUAAAUCAGUUGCAGAGAUACUCUAUUUCUAUAAAUUUUAUUAUAUUUGUGCAAAUAAUGCAUGUAGUCUUUAAAUCUCACCCAAAUCAGAAGUCGUGAAAAUGAAGUCUAUACUUGCCAAUGUGAGAAAUAGUUUUUUAUUGCAAAAUAUAUGAUCUCCAUUCUGUAUUUUACGUGAAAGGAAAUUCUCUUCUGUAGUUUUGUGAAUACACGAGGUGAUAUUUGUAUUGUAAAACAAUUAUGAAGGAUGAACAAUAAAAAGCUUUAAAUGUAA